AUGGUUACCCCGAGGCUUCCAUUUCUACAUCCAAAUUUCAUGCGCGUCGUGCAGUCAUAUAAACCGCCUUCCAGUCGCGCCAUUCGAUGUCCUUUCAGCGGUGGCUCUAGCCCUCACGCCGGCUUCUAUACUAGUCGACAAUGCAAUCAAACAGUGCAUCAAAGAUAUAACUGCUCAUCUCUCAAGCCAAGCCUGCAUCCCUGCAGGCGACUGAAAGACGGUUCAUCCAGCCAGCUCGAUGGAGUCACAUUGUCCGGGAACGGCGACACAAACAGCAGUGAGAGGAACAACAAUUUGCCAGACCAGCAGCAUCAAGAUGCCAAAAGAGAGACUACAAUUACGUUCUUUUCAACACCAUUCGAUAAGCAAGCUGUUGUAGACUCGAAGCAAGGCAAAUCGUUGGUACAUUCGGAGCAGCAAGAGGAGCAUGCGAUGGGCAAUGAUGGGGCCCAAGAUACCUCUACCUCUUCCGCUCGCCCUGAACGGACAGAAAACGAAAAGCCACAAAUAUCUCCCUACCCGAACCAGGGCGCGUUUGACGAUGCCAUCCACAUGCCCACCCCCCUCAGCCUAUCUGACCCCCCCUGGACUAAUAACACCCCACAAAGCCCCACGCCCGAUACCAAUUCGUAG